AUGACUGCAACUGCAGAGCGAAGGUUCGUUAAUCUCAGGAAGCGCCUGGAUCAGCUGGGCUAUCGGCAGCCGUUGGGAGUGGAGAGUUUACCUUUGGUUGAAAAACUUUUCAGUGACCUGGUUCAUACAACUGAGAGCUUGCGCAGUGCAAAGUUAUCAGCUGGAAAAACUGAAAAAGAAUGCAGCAAUUAUGAUGCUAUUUUAGAACCUUAUAAAACAGAGAAUACUCGUCUUACCAGGGAAAAUAAUGAACUACAUUUAGAAAUAUUGAAACUAAAAGAGCAGUCUGCUCGUCAUGUUAAAGAUUUGAAAGCCUCCUUAAGGAGGGUUGAACAUGAAACAUCUGACUUGAAAUUUCUGAAUAACCAAUAUGUACAUAAAAUUAAAAUGCUGGAGAAAGAGAACAAAGCCAAAACUGAAAAAAUUCAGCAGCUUCAGGAGAAGAAUCUACAAGCAGUGGUGCAAACACCUGGUGGCAGAAAAAGAAGCAUUCCCUUCAGGCGUCAACGCAUGCAGAUAGACCAGCCUGUCCCCCCAUCAGGUGUUAGUGCCUACCCAGUUCCUCAACCAGAGGACCCUUAUAUCGCAGACCUUCUUCAGGUGGCUGAUAAUCGAAUUCAUGAACUUCAGUCAGAAGUAACAGAGCUACAGGAAAAACUGGAGAUAUCUGAACGUGGAAUGAAAAAUUAUAGUAAACAGGUUGAGUUAAGAGACAAAGAAAUAGAGCGCCUAGUGUUAGCGUUGGAUGGUGGGCGUUCUCAUGAAGUUAUCUCUCUGGAAUCAAGAAGUAAAAGUAAUGAGAAGCUUAUCGCCCGUUUGAAUUUGCAGGUUGAAUAUCUUCAGAAAACAAAUAAAGAACUUGAAAAUCGUAUUCAAGACCUCUUGGACACAAAACAAAAUGUGGCUAGUGAGGUAGUGGAUUUAAGCAAUAAAAAUGAAGAACUGUGUCAAGAACUGAAUGAAAUAGACCACUUGGCACAGCAGUUGGAAAGGCACAAGGAAAUUGUGCUCGAAACAGCAGAUAAGGAAAUAGGAGAAGCAAAGAAAGAAAUUGAAAGAAAACACAGUGAAAUACAAGAUCUUGAAGAAACAGUAACAAGGCUUAAAUCUGAGUUGUCCUCAUGUCGCAGGGAGAACGAGAGAUUGAGCAACGAACUCUUUGGAAAAGCAAAUGAUAAAGAGAAUCUUGAACUGUUGUUAAACCAGCUUGAACAAGAGAAACAAAGGCUAGCAGAAAAAACAGAGAACUUAGAAAUAAAAGAACGAGAACUUGUCCUAGAAAUAGAAAGAAUGAGAUUAGAAUAUGGUAUAGCUUUAGGAGACAAAUCUCCAUCUCGUCUAGAUGCUUUUGUAAAGACUUUAGAAGAUGACAGAGAUUACUAUAAGCGAGAACUAGAGUAUCUUCAGAAAAUGGUAAAACGAAGACCUAGCCCAAGCCGUAGGAAUCCAGAGAAGGUAAAGUUUCUCCUGUCAAGACAAGCUGAAAAAAAUGAAGAUCUUGGACUGCUCACCAGAGAAAGAGAUGAGCUACGGUCCAUGUUAGACAGAUUUGAAAAACACAUGAUAGAAAUUCAAUCCAAUGUCAAGUUACUCACUUCAGAAAGAGAUAGAUUAAAUGUUCUUUAUGAGCAGUCUCAGGAUGAAUUGAAUAGGAUGAGAAGAGAAGCAAAACAUAAUUUAGUUUCUCAAAGUCAUGUGGAAGAAGAAAGAGACAUUGCAUUGACUGACUUUAGAAGAUUAAUGGCAGAGAAAGAAAGCCUCAGAGAAAAAUUAAAGGUGAUUCCCAUCUUCAGUAGCUUUGGAACUUCUGAUUUCAAACUCACUUUAGAGACCUGGGUGAAUUAUCAGUUUGAGAUGGAAAGGUGUGAACUAAAGACUACAGUCUCUAUCCUGAAAGAGAGAAUAAACUCUUUGGAAAAUGAAUUAAAAUUGAAGUCCAGUAAACUUGCCCAGGCAUCUGAUGAUUCUUCUCAAUUUAAAGCUGAGAUGUGCUCACUUCAACUCUUAAAUGACCAGCUCCAGAGGUCUGUUGAAGAUUUACAGCACCGACUGUCACUCAAAAAAGAUGAAUUGCAGUCAGCUCAACAAGAAAUUGUAAAGCUAGAGGAGAAAAUAGAUAGGUUAAACCAGAGGAGCACUUCACAGGAUGAAGCCGUCAAUGUCCUUAGAAGUACUAUUACUAUCUUGGACAAAGAAAAGGACAGCCUUCAAGAAACUGUAGAUGAAAAAACAGAAAGAAUUGCAUGCUUAGACGACAACUUAGCUAACAAGGAAAAAACAAUUACUAAUUUACGUCUAACUGUCUCUGAGCUGGAGUCCUCAAGAGACCAGAUGAAGGACAUGCUGAGCAACAGAGACCGUGAGAUAUCUAGCUUACAUCGCCAGCUUGAUACAUCCCACAUAGAGCUCGCAGAAACAUUAAGAGUAAAGGAAAUGGCUCUGAAAGAAAACAGACGAUUGCAGGAUGAUCUAGCUACAAUGGCCAGAGAAAACCAGGCUAUCAGUUCUGAGCUUGAAGACGCAAUACGUGAAAAAGAAGAAAUGAAAACCAGGGUUCAUAAUUAUAUCACUGAAGUUUCCAGAUUUGAGACUCUGAUGGCUUCAAAGGAAAAAGAAAACCAAGAAUUGUUAGAGAAGUUCCGAAUGCUUCACACGCAAGCCGAGGACUGGGAAAUGAAGGCUCAUGAAGCUGAAGGAGAAAGCAGCUCAAUACGACUUGAACUUCUUUCUGUGGAUACAGAUCGGAGGCAUCUUCGAGAGAGAGUGGAACUUCUGGAAAAAGAGGUUCAAGGGCAUAUUGUUGCACAUCAAGCAUAUGAAUCUCAGAUCUCCUCCAUUACAAAAAAUAUGUCCAGGUUGGAGGAGGAUGUUAAGCGUGAAAAUCAGGCUAAGUCUUCUGUGAUGGCAGACCUGGCUUCCGUGAGGGAACUCUGUGUGAAACUCGAGUCUAGCAAAGAACUUCUAGCUCGACAGCUGACAUCCAAAAGCAUGGAUUAUGAAAGGGUUCUAGGUGAAUUAGAAGAUAUAAAAUCAGAAACAGAGUUGCUGAAAAAGCAAUUAUCCAAUGAGAGACUUACAGUUCAGAACCUUGAAACAUUGCUGGCUACUAGUAGAGACAAAGAAUUUCAGAACCACUUAACAUCCCAGGAGAAAGACUCAGAAAUUCAAUUGUUGAAAGACAAGCUAACGCUCGCUGAGAGCAAACUAAGCAGCUGUAAUAGAGAAAUUCCCAUACUUCGAAGUAAAGUUGCACAGCUGCAGACUGACUGUGAUGUUUUAAAAAGGCAACUGACAACUGAACGAUAUGAACGGGAGCGUGCAAUUCAGGAAAUGCGUCGACACGGCCUCUCUACAUCAUCAUUACGGGCAUCGCCUCCUCUCAGUUCAACAUUAAGGUCUCCCUCCCAUUCUCCAGAACGUAGCGUUGUAAGGACAACUGAUCAAGCAGCAGCUGAAAAAAAUGUGACCUUCAAAGAAUAA